AGAAGCUUGCGAAAGUGCUAGCGGUCAGCUGAGCAAUGCGAAUUUACCGCUAGACCGGGUGUCAACAGCACGAUAAGGUACAUUUGAAUGCAGACGGGGAAGAUACAUUGUUAUAUUAAACUGCUUGGCUAUGUGCUAUCAUCCUCACGAUUUGUUAUUUAUCUGGCGUGACUGGGCAGACUUCAGAGCCCUCGUAUAUUGAAUGUGAUACAAGCCAUUAGCCACCUCUCCAGUCCUGCCCGUGUGUCAGUCCCCUAAACCCGUCACCUGUUCCUGUCCGUCCCUUAACCCUAUCCCCCAGUACACCCCCUGACCUGGUCCCCAGUAUGAGUUCUUCUCCGCUGGGUUCCCGUGGCAACAUGGACAUUCUUGAGGAACUGCAGCUGAUUGCAGCCCAGAACCUGGAGAUGCUAGAGAUCAACAAGUACUAUGAUGUCAUCAGGGAGCUAGGCAAGGGGACCUACGGCAAGGUAGACCUGGUCAUACACAAGAUCAGAGGCACCAAGAUGGCCCUGAAGUUCCUGAGGAAGAAGACGACCAAGCUGAAGUCGUUCCUGAGGGAGUACAGCAUCUCUCUCUACCUCUCCCCUUGUCCCUUCAUCAUUAACAUGUUUGGCAUCGCCUUCGAGACUGACGACUACUACGUGUUUGCCCAGGAGUAUGCCCUGUCCGGGGAUCUCUUCGACAUCAUCCCUCCACAGGUUGGUCUCCCGGAGACCGUCGCUAAGCGCUGUGUGCACCAGGUUGCCAUCGCCCUGGACUACCUUCACUGUAAGAAGUUGGUGCACCGAGACAUCAAGCCUGAGAACAUCCUCAUCUUCGACCGCGAGUGCCGCAAGGUCAAAUUGUCCGACUUUGGCAUGACACGCCGUGCUGGCUCGCCGGUCAAACGUGUGAGCGGUACCAUCCCGUACACGGCUCCGGAGCUGUGCGACACGUCUCGCCACGAGGGCUUCUGCGUGGACUACAGCACGGAUGUGUGGGCCUUUGGCGUCCUCCUCUUCUGCAUGCUGACCGGUAACUUCCCCUGGGAAAAGGCCCUGCCCUCUGACUCCUUCUACCAGGAGUUCACACGCUGGCAGAGGCGCCGCACGGGCACCGUACCCUCGCAGUGGCGCCGCUUCACCGAGCAGGCCCUCCGCAUGUUCCGCAGGCUCCUCUCUGUGGAGCAGGACCGACGCUGCUCUGUCAAAGAGGUGUUUGGCUACUUCAGCCACAGCUGGAUGCUGGAUGGAGACAGCAACGGGAACGGAGGAGGGGGUGGAGAGAGAGAGAGGGAGAGAGGAGGAGGUGGGAGGGAGAGAGGAGGAGGAGGGGUGAGGGUGGAGGGGGAAGGGAGGAGUACGUCGUCCUCGUCUGGGGAGGACGAUGAAGACAUGCUGGUGGAGAGGAUGAAACAGCAGACUCUGUCUCCUCUCUCUCCUCUGUCUCCUGUGUCUGUGGGGACAAAGGCAGGGAUGAUGGAAUCAGGUGGAGGACACCAUUUUGUGUCUGUUUCCACCACCAGCUCCGUAUCCUCUACUAACAGCUAUGAACGCAUGCCCAGAGACAGCGUCAGCAACAACAACCAGCCCUCAGGGCGCAUGCUGGUGGCUACACCUAUAGAGAUCUGUGUCUGAGAGAUGUAUGUGCGAGACGGGCCUGAGAAGGACUGAAAUACUGCGUACAGUACACACACACAUACAGACACCUACACUCAUAUACACACACUUAUCCAUACAUACAUACAUUCGGAAAGUAUUCAGACCCCUUUACUUUUUCCACAUUUUGUUACAUUACAGCCUUAUUCUAAAAUUGAUUCAAUAGUUUUUUCCCCUCAUCAAUCUACGCACAAUACCCCAUAAUGACAAAGCAAAAAAAAGGGUUUGGGGAAAUGUAUUAAAAAUGAAAAAAUGAAAUAUCACAUUUACAUAAUUAGUUAUACCCUUUACUCAGUACUUUGUUACAGCCUCGAGUCUUCUUGGGUAUGAUGCUACAAGCUUGGCACACCUGUAUUUGGAGAGUUUCUCCCAUUCUUCUCUGCAGAUCCUCUCAAGCACUGUCAGGUUGGAUGGAGAGCAUCCCUGCACAGCUAUUUUCAGGUCUCCAGAGAUGUUCGAUCGGGUUCAAGUCCUGCGUUGUCUUAGCUGUGUGCUUAGGGUCGUUGUCUUUUUGGAAGGUGAACCGUCACCCCAGUCUGAGGUUCUAAGGGCUCUGGAGCAGGUUUUCAUAGAGGAUCUUUGUACUUCGCUCCGUUCAUCUUUCCCUUGAUCCUGACCAGUCUCCCAGUUUCUGCCGCGUAAAAACAUUCCCACAGUAUGAUGCUGCCACCAUGAUGCUUCACAGAAGGGAUGGUGUCAGGUUUCCUCCAGAUGAGACGCUUGGCAUUCAGGCCAAAGAGUUCAAUCUUGCUUUCGUCAGAUCAGAGAAUCUUGUUUUUCAUGGUCAGAGUCCUUUAGGUGCCUCUUGGCAAACUGGUUGUCAUGUGCCUUUUACUGAGGAGUGGCUUCCGUCUGGCCACUCUACUAUAAAGGCCUGACUGUGCUGCAGAGUGCUGCAGAGAUAGUUGUUCUUCUGGAAGAUUCUUCCAUCUCCACAGAGGAACUCUGGAGCUCUGUCAGAGUGACCAUCGGGUUUUUGGUCACCUCCCUGACCAAGGCCCUUCUUCCCCGAUUGCUCAUUUUGGCCGGGGGCCAGCUCUAGGAAGAGUCUUGGUGAUUCCCAACUUCUACCAUUUAAGAAUGAUGGAGGCCACUGUGUUCUUGGGAAACUUUCCCAGACCUGUGCCUCGACACAAUCCUGUCGCGGCACUCUACGGACAAUGCCUUCGACCUCAUGGCUUUCUUUUUGCUCUGACAUGCACUGUCAUCUGUGGGACCUUAUAUAGACAGGUGUGUGUCAUUCCAAAUCAUGUCCAAUCAAUUGAAUUUACCCCAGGUGGACUCCAAUCAGGUUGUAGAAACAUCAAGGAUGAUCAAUGGAAACAGGAUGCAUCUGAGCUCAAUUUCGAGUCUCAUGAAUACUUAUGUAAACAGGUAAAAACCUGUUUUCGCUUCGUCGUUAACGGGUACCGUGUGUAGAUUGGUGAGGGGAAAAAAAUAUUUAAUCCAUUUUAGAAUAAGGCUGUAACGUAACAAAAUGUGGAAAAGGUAAAGAGGUCGGAAUCCUUUCUGAAUGCGCUGUAUACAGAUAUUCACACACUUUCAUACAUACUAUGUAUACUCAGACACAUACUAUACUAUAACUAUACAUUAUUAUCAUCACACACAAAAAAAUUGAGAACAGGGUCAAAUGCAAGGACAUUUAAUGAAUGAAUGAAUGAACAUUCUGCCAAAUAUAAAGGGAUCAACUCAAGACAUUCCUGAUGAUUCCGGUUGGGGUCUUGGUGUAAAAUGAUUCAGUUAGAGAUCCAGUGAUAAGUCAUUCUACGGAAAUGGCAAAUCUUUAUAGAGACUGCAAAGACUCAAUGAACAACAUACUGAACGAUCAACCAGCCAACCAACAAACCAAGAAUGACAGACAAGACACGGAAAGAGAGGUUGAAAAACACAUUGUGAUCUGAAAUGCUGGUAUUCAGACAGUAUCAGAAGAAAACCAAAAUGUAUUUCUUAAAGCAAUAUAUUUCCCCCAAAAAGACUGAAGUCGAAGGUGAAUUGAGAAAAAAUAGCUUCAGAACUGGCAUGGUGGAACCAUUUAUGAAAAAGCCAAAAGAUGAAGAGAUGUUCUUUUGAUUAGGGUUUUUACCUGAUAGAAAUUCUUUGUAAAAUGUUCCUCAAUGAAAGAAUAUCAUCAAAAUGAACAGCAGUUUUGAUGUUUACUGUAAUGCAAUGUGAACUCUGGUACUAAGUAUGUAUGUGUGUGUACAGUAUGUAUGUAUGUAUCACUGUAUGUUCCAUGUGUAUGGAUUGGCAAUAUGAUUAGAUGGAUUUUUAUUUUGCCUUAAGAUUUACUUUAUUUAUUUAAAUCCUAAAUAACCAGAUUAGCUUGAGGUGUUUUGUGUUAGACUCAUUUUGGUAAAGGUUUUUGGACACUCUAGUGCCAAAUCUCUACAUGGUCUUCUGCAACACAUUUUGAACAGCUGGAUCUUGAAAAUUACUGUGUUUAAUAGUAUUUUUUUGCAUGGCGUAUUCUCUCUCCAGUUUAUGAUUUAGAUUUAGUCCGAUGAUGUGCUACACAUUAAUAUUGGAUCAUUCAAAGCCACCAGAUGGAGAAGUGAAAGGCAUUAAGUUGGUAACACUUGAUAUGGAUAGUCCCAAGUAGGUGGUUUGUCGAUGUAGACAAUACCUGUCAACAUUUCAACUAACUAUCCAUCAGGGUCGGGGUCAAUUCCAUUUCAAUUCCCGUCAAUUCAGGAAGUACACUGAAAUUCCAAUUCUCUUCAAUGCUUUUCAUUUGGAAUUGGAAUUUGGUUUACUUUCUGAAUUGCCUGGAAUUCAAAUAGAUAGACCCCAACCUUGCUAUCCACUAACCCUAGCCUUAACCUUAACCCUUACCCUUAUUCUAAACAUAACCCUAAGCGCAAACUUAGCAAGCAGUUGCUUAUCAACAUAGAGUUUGUUGAUAGUAUGACCAUCUGUAGAUCAUCUAUAUGGGACUAUCCAAAUAAAGUGGGACCAUUUAGAUUCAUGUAUUUAACUUUAUUCUGCCACAGCAAGCCAAGAUGACAGAUAGCUCUAAAUGAUUUCCAACACUUUAUCCCUGCACCUUAACACACACAUAUCUACUUCAUUUUUACACAUUUUAAUCAAUUUAUUUGAUUCUUUUUUUAAAUGUGUUAAUGCUGAUGAAUAGAGUAUUGUUUGGAUUUUGAUAAUUAUUUAGCAUUUUAAAUUCAAGCUGAAAAAUACAGUGGAGUACACAGUCACAUCUUAAAACAAUUGCAUGAUGAGUAACUAAAACAUAUCUUUAUGAAUAAUUUUAACUGGCUUUACAAAAUGUUAUGUCAAGAUUGUUGUAAUGUGGAAUUUAGCUGUAGCACAAUUUCUUGCAUUAUGUCCUGAAGCAAAUAUUGGUCUUAUUACCUCUUGAGGCAUCUUAGGGCUCAAUACCAGACAAAACAAUAAUAGUUCAUUUUUAUUCAAUGUUGUGUUUGUAUGCUGUUGAUGUUGUGUUUCCAUCUCACCAGUAAGAACUAGGAUCUAGAGCUAAGUUACAGAGCCUGGGAAUCCUAGAUUUUCUAGAAUAGUUUAGAUACUGUAGUUCUCAAAAUAAUGCAUUUUUGAUGAAGUGUGUAGCUUCUAAAUUGCCAAGUGUUGAGAAGUUGCAAGGGACAUCUGGAGAGGAUUUUUCACUUUCUUGCCAAGCAAAACAUCACAAGAGUGAUGAAUAAGUCAUUUUAAAGUCAGAAAUAAGAUUUAAAAAAUAAAAUGUGUGUUGUGAUUUCCAGACAUAUUUGCAUAAAUCUUUAUGUGCUGGAAACCAAUUGUAAAAAAACAAAAACAUGUUUGCUGUCACAAGCUGUAGUAUUCUGUUCUUCAUAAGUGGGUGUAUGAAUGUCGUGUAACAGUCAGUAAAGUUAUUUUCCCUCUGUGGUUUGACAUCUUCCAACAAUGAACUGUUCAAUAAGGUUUGUAGCUAGUUGAAGUAUUGUUCAAUAAUGCUCCGGGUAGAAGUUGGCUUCAGGCAGAGAUUUAGGAUUAGCUUACCCUCCCCAAAUCCUCAACUUAUCCAUAAGGGUGAAAAAACUCCACUGACCUUUCAUCAGUGUCUUGGGUAGUGAGAUUACUACACCUUGUGACAACCUAUGACCUUACUUCCAGUCCCGAUGCACAUGGAGUUGUUUCUCUAGAGGCUAGCGGUCACCAAGCCGAGUCCUGGGGACUCGCUAGGUGUGCAGGCUUUUAUUCUAGCCCAACACUAACACACCUGAUUCAACUAAUCAUUCAAAUCGAAGGCUAAAACCUGGGUUGCAGACCAUAGCUGUAGCCAAUAGAUGAGUUAGACAAAGAGGUUUCUGCAAAGCUAUCAUGAUGUAAUGUGUUGCAACUUGUGUAUUGGAGUUCCUGUCUGUCUGUAGUGACAUAUUGAUGCGGCAUCAUGAUUUGUGGUGUUUUAGUGAGUAGGGCAACACAGCGCAAGAACUCGUGUCUGAGUAUGUCUUUGCAAUACAACCGUCUUCCCUGUAAGCUCUGAUUUAGUCAACAAAAAAAUUAAAACUGUGGUUGG